GUUGGUUGUCUCCACUAGCAAGCGCGACAGAAACUUGGACGUCCUACUCCGUUUGAAACUGCUGCGAACAUGGUUGUGAAAGCUGUCUGUGUGUUGAAAGGAGCUGGAGAGACCAGCGGCACCGUGUAUUUUGAGCAGGAGGGUGAUUCAGGCCCUGUGAAGCUGACAGGAGAAAUCUCAGGCCUUACUCCUGGUGAGCAUGGUUUCCAUGUCCAUGCUUUUGGGGACAAUACAAACGGGUGCACCAGUGCAGGCCCUCACUUCAAUCCCCACAACAAGACUCAUGCUGGUCCUAAUGAUGCAGACAGGCAUGUUGGAGACCUGGGGAAUGUGACUGCAGACGGCAGUAAUGUUGCCAAGAUAGAAAUCACUGACAAGAUGCUCAGCCUUAAUGGCCCAUACUCCAUAAUUGGCAGAACUAUGGUGAUCCAUGAGAAGCAAGAUGACCUGGGAAGAGGAGGCAAUGAAGAAAGUAAAAAGACGGGCAAUGCUGGUGCACGCCUGGCAUGUGGUGUUAUUGGCAUCGCCCAAUAGAUACUCUGCUAGAAUGUGCAGCACUGGAAGAAAAAAAUCUCCCCACAGCACUUAAUAAGACCAACGUAGCUACUUAAUGUGACAGUUUGUCCUUUUUCAAUUCUCUGUGGCUUUGUAUUGACUGAGGGUAGGUGAUUCGUGCUUUAUCCUGUCCGUUCCUCAUGACAAUUGUGUGUAUGGGUUUGUAUGUCUGCUGAUUAGUUUUGGUCCCAAAGAAUUGUUAACGCACAAGUAAUAAAAAUGUAUACAAUUUACAA